UCAAGAAAUCCACCACGUCUUUCUAGGUUCUGCAACAUUUUGGGACGAAUAUUUUGAACCCCUCUCAAAAGUCUUCCACCUUUCACCUGCUACAUUUUUGGAUGCCAUCGAAACCGAGCCGUUUAGCCCCCACCCCCCUGCUCGUCGUGAGACCUCCACCAGGACGCCUCACAGUAAAUAAUCCGUGUGGAUGAUUUACAGUAGAGCGGAGGGACUUCCGCCUUUGCUUGGAGCGGUGCUGUCACAGCGGGAGGAUGAACAACCACAAAUGUAGCACUUUAUUCCAGAGGCCAAGAAGGCGGUCAAGAAUCAUACAAUGUAUCUACGUGGUGGGUUUCAUGGAUUUGUUCGGGGUGAGCAUGAUCAUCCCUCUGCUCAGCCAUCAUGUGAAAGCUCUUGGAGCAAGUCCCACCGUGGCCGGUAUAGUAGGAUCUACAUACGGGAUCUUACAGCUCUUCUCUAGCACAAUAGUUGGCAGCUGGAGUGAUGUGGUGGGACGGCGGUACUCUCUGCUCACAUGUCUGCUGCUGAGCGCGUUCGGCUACGGCCUGCUUGGGAUGUCCAGCAGCAUCGCGUUGUUUGUCCUGGCGAGGAUACCUGUGGGGUUGUUCAAGCACUCCCUGUCCAUCUGCAGAGCUCUGCUGUCUGACCUGGUGUCUGACUCAGAGCGCCCCCUGGUGAUGGGACACUUCAAUGCAGCCUCCAGUGUUGGCUUCAUCCUGGGUCCUGUUGUUGGAGGCUACCUCACAGAGCAUGAAGGAGGAUUUUAUACCUCCUCUUUCACAUGUGCAGCCAUCUUUAUUAUCAAUGCAGGGUUGGUGUCGAUGCUGCCAUGGAGCGAGGCACUGGUCCAUCUUAACGACAACAACUCAAGUAAAGACUGUCAUGACAACAACUGCAGGAAGUUGGUUCAAAAUGGUAUUCAUGCCAAUAAACUCCACCCAGUGAACACAGCAGAGACCGAUCCCGGAUCCAAAGCUCCAGAGAAGCUUAGAGGUGGACUCAGGUGGAGGAAGGUGUCUUUGCUUCAGCCUGCCUGGAGACAGCUCUCCUCUGUCAUCUCAAAGAUCCACAUUGUGGCUUCCUCUGACAUGUGGGACCUCUUCCUGGUGCGUCUUCUGAUGGCCAUAGCUAUCAUGCUUUACUACAGUAACUUCUCUCUGGCCAUGGAAGAGCGUUUCUCUCUCAAACCAAAGGUGACGGGUUAUCUCAUCAGCUACAGCAGCACCUUAGGGGCCUUGGCUGGGUUCCUGGUGGGUCCCGUCACCAAGCUGUACGGAAACAACAUGCCCACUCUGCUGCUUCACUCCACUAUUCUAACCUGUUUGCUCAUACUCCUGUACGCUGCUGCUCCAAACGUGUGGCAGGUGCUGCUCACCUCCACCUUCUUUGCCAUUUCCACCUCUAUUGGACGGACUUGCAUCACAGACCUUGAGCUGCAAAGAGGAGGGGUACAGGCCAGUGGGACUCUGAUUGGAGCCGGGCAGUCAGUCACAGCUGUCGGUCGGAUCCUGGCCCCUCUUCUGUCCGGUCUGACCCAGGAGUUCAGCCCCUGUGGUCCCCCUAGUCUGGGAGUGGUUUUGGCUCUUGCAGCUGUGGGCUUACUGCUCAUCAGGAUCCCAAAUUGGGAUGGGAGGGGGUUGACAAAAGCUGCCAAACUUGGAAAGUCUGAGUGACUGCAUGAAUGUGAGAUAAUGAGAUUGAAUGCGUGUCUUCCAGAAAGAUAAGGGCUCUUAUUUUUAAGGGGCCAGCUGUGAGGAUGAACAGCAGACUGGUAAUGGGAUCAGUGUUUCCUGCUCUAAUGCCUCUGAAAAACAUGUGAUGACAUCACAGGGUCAAAAUGGCACUUCAUCACCAGCAUUGCAGUCCUCCUCUCGGGGAGAGAAGCCUAAGAUGAAGUCAGGGAUGAGACGUUUAAUGUGCUUCCCUUUGUACUGAAGUCCGAUCAGACUCAAACAAAUGGGCCUUGUUUUGGGUACAUAGUAUGCUGCCUGAAAUCGUAGUUGAACAAACGUUGAAUGCACACUUUAAUUUCUCAUGCAUUCUCUAACCACUACAUUAUCUGAAGUCUGUGAAGCUACACUCAGGCUUUCUUGCUGUCCACAGGUAGAUCACACUGUUUUUGUUUUGAAGUAGACAUGUUGGCUGCGACUAAUCGAACACUUUUUACCUCGAUAGCAGUUGUUGUUGUUUUUUAAUGUGGUAUCAGAAAAGGGUCCUAACUUCCCACUGUGGCACAAAAGCCAAUUAUAUCUUGUUUCUGACUACUGAGAUUUUUUUUUUUAUAUAAAAAAGGAUUUGUCUAAGCUAA